AUGGUCCACUUGAUCAUCACCCGAAAAGGUCAAGUUCCCAGCAAACCAGAUGAGGUCCUGACUCAGCAGCAGCAGCAGCUCAUAACUGCUGAUCUCACCUCAAUCAUUGUCCAGUUGAUAUCCACUGCUGGUACCCUGCUGCCAUCAGUCAAGACAAUCGGACAGUUCGGACAGUUCACACCAAAACCAGCUGCUGUGUCUCCCGAGCAGCAACAGCAGCAGCAGUCUAACAACAGUAUGGAUGUCGAACACAACUACUCCACCACCGAAGAGCAUGAAGAACAUGAGGACGGUGAAACCGAGCAUCUCCCACCUGGUUCUUACGAGAUUCUACAGCUCGAGAAGGAAGAAAUCCUGGCCCCGCACACUCACUUCUGCACUAUAUGUGGGAAAGGUUUCAAGCGGGAUGCCAACUUGAGAAUGCACAUGAGAGGCCACGGUGACGAGUAUAAGACUCCUGCAGCCCUCGCAAAGCCUCCAACGGUAAAAGAAGUGGGCUCAGCCGCAGAGCCCGUGAUCAUCAAGAGAUACUCAUGCCCUUUCUCGGGCUGCAAGCGGAACAAGGACCACAAGAAGUUCCAGCCUCUCAAAACGAUCCUCUGUGUCAAGAACCACUACAAGAGAACUCACUGCGACAAGAGCUAUGUGUGCAGCAGGUGCAACACCAAGAAGUUCUCGGUCAUGGCUGACCUCAAGACCCACGAGAAGCACUGCGGGAGGGACAAGUGGCUUUGCUCUUGCGGGACCACCUUCUCCAGGAAGGACAAGCUGUUCGGACACAUCGCGCUGUUCCAAGGACACACCCCUGCCAUUCCUCCCGACGAAACCAAGACAGUCGUUGCUCUUGCUCCUACUGAUGCUGCUGCUGCUGCAAACAAGCUCGCUGAUGGCAGUGGCCUUGCUACCAUGGACUUCAAUUCUGGUGCUCAAGCUCUCAUGGACUUCAAGUCAGUCGAUGAUCCUGCUGGUGCGGCCGCUGUCGCAAGCUGCUUCUCCCCUUUGAACUUCGAUUCGUGCAAUUUCGUUGGUGGGUUUCCCGAGUUCAAUCGACAGGGGUUCGACGAUUCUGAGGCUUCAUUCUCGUUUCUGUUGUCUGGCGGGUCGUGUAAUUACAGCAGCCAGAAAACUGGAGGGGAAUCCUAG